GUUUCUUCAAUUAAAGUGACAUUGUUUCAGCACGUUUGAAAACUCUUGAGAAGUACUUGUCAUAUACUUUUGACAAAUAACUUUCAAUUGUUUAAAUCAUCAUAACAAUUUCUUAUAACAAACUGAUACGUAAUAUGAAAAACAAGUUUGUUACAUCUUUAUCGAAUUUUCACGUUAUUCUGAUGUUAUUGGUAGAGAUUUUAAAAUAAUCACGGGGUUAGAAUGUAUUAAUACCCAAAAGAAAGAAUUAAUAUUUUACAGUAAUUAUUUCAUUAAAUUAUAUUGUAAGUUGAACAAAAUGUGAUAUAAAUUGUUGUCCCAAAUAACAAUUUUGUUAAUUACGAAUAAAUAAUAUCAUAAAUAAUUUUCAUUGAAUACAAAGAAUUGACAGGAAAGUUUUGUUAAAUGUAUGUUUUGUAUUGCCGAAUAUCGUAGCCUAAACAAAUUAAAAUGUUUAAGCGAAUAGAAAUUAACAGAGAAAAUGAAAACACUAUACCUGCCAAACGGCCAAGAUAUGACAUAAAGAGAGACAGCUUGGUAGGUACUUCUACAAGAGAGUCAAGAAAUAAAAAGUCUGGAAAAUCAGAUGAUGUCUGGGGAGAUGAUUUUGCAGAAGAAGAUAUUGAAGAAAUGGACAUUGUGGCUACUCAGGCUUGUUUGCAGGAUGAUGAUUUCACGAGCCAAUCAACAACAGAUCAAAAACCAUCUACUAGUAAAGCAAUUCCUAAUUUAAAUGGUAAUGCUCAUAAAUUAUCAAAACUUGUAAAUCCAUCACAGUAUAAUAGUCAAGUGAAAGAAGUAGAGAAUUCACAAGAUAUAAGCACCAUAGUUUCUGUCAAUUACACACAGUUCAAGAAUAAAUUAAUGAAUAAGAAAAUAUAUAAUUCUACAUUUAAGCUGGAUGAACAUCCUAUUACAGAAUCAGAAUACCUAAAGGAAUUGGAGAAGUUGAAAGUUGAAAAUCAGAAAUUGUUAAAUGAUUUUAUAACUAAAGAUGGGGAAGCAGUGUUUUUGCGAAAUCAGCUGCAACAAACACAAUUAAGAGCAGAGAAUGAUAGAUUAGAAAAAAGACAAUUUAUUGAAGAACAAGAAAAUCGACAUAGAAUGGAAAUUAAUGCCAUUUGUAAAGAGAAGGAAAAUUUAAAAACGCAACUUGAAUUGCAGACAUUCGAGAUAGGGAAUUUAAUGGAACGUUGUAAAUUGUUAGAGGGUGGAAAUGUUAAAUUCGUAGAACCACAUAUAAAUUUUAAUAUUUCUACAAACAGAAGCAAACUUAAUUCACCAAUGAAUCGGCCAUCAACUACAAAAUCAGUUAAGGUCAAAGAAACUUGCGUACAAACUAAUGUAUUUAAUAAAAGCAGUUAUAUCCUUAAAAUAUGGAAUCCAUAUUUUCCUCUUACAGAAAUACCAAAAUUAAUAUACGAUCCACCGCAAUUAGAGAAAUCUGUGGUUGAUAUUCAAAUUAUAGAAAAAAUUGGAAGGCGAAACUUGCCGAUUUUACAAGAAGAAGACACAUAUAGAAUAUUCGAAAAUCCGGAAUUAGUAAAACCUGUAACAACAGUGAUAGACGAUAAAAAAUUAUCGGUUGAAUUUAUUUUGCCGGAAAUAGCUGCUCUUCAGCGGAAAACGAGUUCAGAACUCGAAGCGGAGAAAACUAUACCAAUAAUGAACAAAUUAGUUUCUACUGCGAGGGAAUUGAUCUUAAAUAUAGUAGUUGUUCUACAAACGAUCUCUCAAGCCAUGAGAAAUGACGACAUUCGAGAUAUGAAUGAUAUUUAUUUUUCUUCCUUGUAUUCGACUUCUGAUUUCAAUGGAAAAUGCAUAUGUUCUGCAAAUGCAUGGCACGAGUGUGAACGUGGUGUCGAAGCUAGAAGAGUGUUUGGCGUGUUGUCAUACGUAACCGUUGAAUCGACUUACCUCAGCAAGUAUAUCGCAGGAAAAACACGUUUGCUUGUAGAAAGGGAUGAAUCUUACAAGAUUUACUCGUGUAAAAUGGUUCGUUAUAAUACCUGGUUAGAACAGGGAUGUGAAUUUGAGAUGCUUAAAAUGAUAUUGCAGUUCGUUGUUUUAGUUGGAUCCACGAGAAGGUCCCAUCAAUUUAGUGGUCUUUUAUGUGCAAUUAUGAUGGUUAUCUACAAUGUUCAUGAAAAAGUUGAAUACUGCUCUGAAGGAAUGGAAUAUAUUUACCAGAUAUUUAAAGAAAUAGUAUUUUGUAGGCCUUUGCCAUAUUGUUACGCGUUAGUCAGUAAUUUAAUGAUGAUUUUUAUGAAAUCAACGACAUAUUUGCGGAAACUCUGUAUUAAUUCAAAAUCAAUGGCGGUGAAGAAUUGGAAGGGUUCUUUACACUUUACUCCAGAUGCUUGUCCGCUGCAAAUUUUUUUAGUACAAUUGGAAAACUAUCAUUUCGAUCUAUUAACCGCAGUGGAUAUUACAGACGUAUUAUUACAAUUUGUACAGUACAUACUGCAAACAGAUGUUAUUCCUUUGAGGUCUGAAACCUUGAAUUCUUGCAAUUGUUGCAUGAAAUUACUGAGGUUCACCAUUAAAACGCUGUGCAAAUGUACCGAGACAAAUUUAACUACGAUUGAGAAUUUUAAUUCGAUUGAUUUUCCUAUGCCAAAGGAAGAUUUUUGCAUCUUAAAUGCCAUUUGUGCCAAACAUUCGUUGUUCAACACAAGACCAAGUAAAUUGUGCAUACACGAGAUAUACAAAGAUAAAUUCUCAGACGAGAACAAUUGGUCGAUUAUGAAAAAAAGGCAAUCAAAGGUAUUGAGAGAUGGAAUUAGGUUCUUGUCUCACGUAGCCAUAUGUGACCCAGAUUUUAUAAUUCGAUUGUCAGAUAUUGAAGAUUCAUUUCAUUUAUUCAUGAGGAAUUUAAGUGCCUUCAAGAAUUUUGUCUUCCACGAAAACGAACAAGAGGCCAUGAAUCGAAUAAAACAGACAUUUAUUUUGGAUAGAACACAGCUGCCUGAAAUGGAGCAAUUAGGAGUAGGCAACUCUAAAAAGGAGUUGGAUAUAUUAUCAAAUUUCAAAACAUCGUUCGUACAAUCACUAUCUGCGAGGCCCAAAAAGAACGAAAAUCAUAAUAAAUUUCUGGUCACGAUUAAAUCACUCUUUAGUAAUAGAUCUUAGUCAUGAGAAAUCUCAAUGUUAUUUUAAUUAACACAAUAAUAAAACCGAAGACUGAAAGUAUUCGAAUUCCGAAGCCAUUGAUUGUACAUAUUGUUUUAUAAUUUGUAUAAUUUGUAUAAUAUGAUACAUAUUAUUUUAUAAUUUGUAUAUUGUUCUAAAUAUUGCUUUAAAA